AUGCCUCCUGCAAUUGAAUGCGGGAACCCACUCUUACUCAAAUGGCUUGAAGAAUGGGUUGUCGAAGCACAAGAACGGGGAUACAAAUCUCUUCCGACCGUCAAAAAAGCUCGCGAUUCAAUGAAAGCAUGUCCUAUGCGAUUUGAUCAUCCUAGUGAGGCAGUAUGCUUGAAUGGACUUGGAGAGGGCCUUGCGAAAAGACUGACUGAUAGUCUUGAGAAAUAUUGCGAUGAGGUGGGUAUUCCUAUGCCUAAAAAGCCGAGGGGCAAGAAAAGAAAAUCGGUAGCUGUUGAUGAUGGGGGAGAAUCUGUGACGCCUUCGCCUUCACCAAAAAAAGCGAGGAAGCCUAAACCCUAUGUUCCAAAAUUGAGAUCGGGUGCUUAUGCUAUCAUGUUAGCUUUGGGAACCCAACCACGAAAUAGCAGAAUAGGAAUUACCAAAGAGGAGAUCAUUGCUUUAGCAGAACCUUUUUGCGAUACUUCUUUCACUCAGACAAGACCUAGUGAGUUUUUUACGGCAUGGAAUUCUAUGAAGACUUUGAUCAACAAAGAUUUUGUUUACACGAAGAAGAAUCCAGCAAGCAGGUAUUAUCUUACAGAUGAGGGAUGGGAUCUUGCCGAUACUAUCAAAGCUAGCGGUGAUCCUACAUUGGGAAGAGCACAUGACUUCCAACCUGUCGUAGCAGGUCCAUCCAAAACAGCUUCAAGAAACCAAGACAACGACUCCGAUUCCGAACUGGAAGAAAUCAAUUCUCCAUCUCGUCCAUCAUCCCAAUCAAACCCCAAUAUCCCCGACAUACCCAAUGGAGAAACCACGAGCAUCCCAACCUUCGAACCCAUCAUCUUGCGUCCCGGCACCUUCACCGUCGAACUCAUCCUCGACAACCGCGAAGUCGCCAGCAAAAAAGACCGUGAUGGGAUUCCCAACCAACUCGCCAGCAUGGGUGUUCCCCAUUCCGUUCGUGCACUCCCCCUCGGCGAUUUCCUCUGGGUAGCACGCGUCCGCGAAGACAAAGCCAAAUGGCUCAAUCUCGGAGCAUCUAACCUCAUCAUGUUAGACUAUAUUACGGAGCGCAAACGACUCGACGAUCUCAUCGGAUCUAUAAAAGAUGGUCGAUACGAAGAGCAGAAGUUUCGUCUCAAACGAUCUAGCAUCACAAACGUCAAAUACCUUGUCGAACACAAGAAAAUCGACGCAGAUAUCUUGGAUAAGUGGGGUGAUGGAAUCACAACGUCCAUUGCCAAAAUGAUGGUUCAAGAUGGUAUACACGUGAAGCAAACACUCGAUCUGAAUGAAAGUCUCAACUACAUCGAGCGCAUGACCAAACUGCUCAAGAAACAAUACGAGGAAAAUCCCCUCUAUAUCAUUCCCACAAAAGUACUUUCCGUCAAAAACUACACUCCCUUGAUGCAACAUCUCAGGAAAACAGAACCAAAUCGAGAAUACAACAUCACAUUCGACGCCUUCGACGCUCUAUCCAGCAAAUCUCAAAACCUAACUCUGAAAGAUAUUUUUCUCAAGAUGCUCAUGCGAACCAGGGGUAUCACAGCCAGUAAAGCAAUCGAGAUACAGAAGCGAUGGGCGACCCCUCGAGCAUUCCUGGAAGCUUUUGAAAAUCUCGAUACCGAUGAAGGACUCGGAGCCUCAGUCAGCGAUGCCUCGAAAUCCAAAACCAAAGGAAAAGGCCCUGCGCUCCUCCUCGAUCCCGAAGAAGCGAGUAAGAAAAGGAAGAGAGAAAUGGUUUCGAAUGAGAUCGGUGCGCUGGUAGGCAACAAGAAGGUCCAGGGUGCUUUGAGCGCGCGGAUUGCGGAGGUUUGGGGGGGUGUUGUUUGA